AUGCUGAACUCCGAUUUUGGGAAGCCCCAAGAUGACGUGGCAGUGUAUGAGUACACAGACAUCCCAAUGCACGUGUCCUUGUCCUCGUACGUUUAUAAAUUUAAGCCAUGGAACAACGACACGCGUUGUUUAUACCCCCCCGAGAAGAUGCAGAAAGAAAUAGACGACCUAAAUUUGCUAAUGAAGUCAAUGGUUCCAUGGUCAUAA